UCCCCACGCCCCACCGCCCCGCGCGUCCCUUGUCAGCGAGGCGUCCGCGCGCGCACUCGCCUCCUUACUUAGCAGCCUUACCCUGAAGGUGGGCUUUACGUUCCUCAUCUGGCAGAAAAGACCUAACAAGGACAGAAGGGUGGAUUUCGCGCGGGCUCCAAGCCUGCUCAUUGCACCUUUCUUCCGGUGCCCUCCGGAUGGACAGAACUUUAGCUCUAAGCUCAGGCUCUGUGGUUGAACGGGAGCCAAAGUCGCCCAGAAUAACUUUAUAAUCUACAUAAGAGCUGAAACAAGUCAGAAUGCUUGCAUAGGGCUGAGGGGUGUGGCUCAUGGGGGUAGGGGAUGCUUGCCUAUCUUGAGGGACACCCUGAGUCCCACCCCCUCCCUGGGUUGCAUUUCUUGAGCUGAGACUUACUUUCUUGCCUGUCCACUAUUACAAACUGAGAUAGUCUGGACACCGAAUUUGCCUGGGUAUUUUUAAGAGUUUUAUUGUGGAAUAUUUUUAAAACAUACAAAAGUAUAGAUGAUGCUACGGUGUACUCCAACUGUCCGUGUUAACGUGACCUAGUUUAGAGAAAAAGCAUCAAGAGACGGAAUGUCUGGACUGAAAGUGCAGUCCUAAUGGAAACGGAUGUAUAAAAGUUGGGGUCAUAGACAGAUGCACUUAGCACUUAAAACGGGCAGAACGCAUAGAAACAAACACUUAUCUAUGACUAAUUGGCUAUUCUGGGUCUUUUGUUGUUCCAUAUCAAAUAGAGAAUUUUCUUCCUACUUAUGUGAAGAAUGUGAUGAGGAUGUUGAUUGUGAUUUCAUUGAAUCUGUAAGUUGUUUUGGUAGAAAGGUCUUUUUUUCAAAAUAUUAAUUCUACCAAGGUAUACACUUGGGAGGUCUUCAAAUUCGAGUAUGUUUCUUAAACUCUUUCUUCACACAUUUAAAGUUUUCAUUGUAGAGGGUUUUUUUUAAAACUCUUUUGUUAUGUAUAUUCUAAAUAUUUUAUUUUAUUUGAGAGACUGGGAAGAGGAGCGUGCCAUGAUCUCUUUCUCAGCAUGCUUGUUACUCAUAUGUAUUAAGACUGGUAAACUUUGUAAGUCAAUUAUGUAUCAUAACACUUUGCUGAAAUUACUGAAAAUUUCUAUAUUUUUUCUAGUCAAAUUUUGGGAACAUUGGGUAUAAGAUAAUAUAAUCUUCAAUUGAAAAUAAAAAAAUAUAUGUAUAAAAUCUAUUUUAUAUGUAUAGGUGUUUUGACUGAAUGUAUAUCUGAAAUUAUGUUUUCUGAGUUCUCAAGUUACAAGGAUGUACACCAUGCACACAGAGUACAUUGAGAGUUUCUGCCAGAGGACCAGGAGUGUGCCUUUCAUUUCAGAGGAAGAGGCAGAUAGGUCUUGGUGAAUUCCUAGUCUACACACCAAGCAGAGUUCCAGGACAGCCAAGGCUGCUUAAUGAGAUCUUGACUCUGUCUUCAGAGAUCCUGAAGGACAUGGCAAACGCUGGAGAAAACUAGACUAUUGUUUGCUUGGGUUUUUUUUUUUUUUAGUGUGUGUGUGUGUGUGUGUGUGUGUGUUGGCUCCCCUGGAGCUGGACUGAGAGGCAUUUGUGAACUAGCUGCCAUGGUCACUGGGAUGCAAAUUCUGGUCCUCAUGAUGGAAUGCAAGUGCUUAACUGCUGAACCAUGUCACCAGCCUCCAAAUUGUAGAAUUUUAAAAUUACUGGUGACACUAACAACUUACUUCACAAACUUGUGUAACACCUGUCUUGUGAUGUAUUUAAGUAAAAGUAAAAGUUACUUUGUUGCAAGAGCUGGAGAGAUGACUCAGCAGUAAGGAGCAAUUGUUAUUCAGCACCUACAGAGUGGCUCACAACCAUCUAUAACAUCAGUACAGGGGAAUCUGAUGCUGUCUUCUCAUCGUCCUAAGGCCCCCACUGCCAGGCACGUGCAUGGUGCACAUGCAUGCAUGUAAACUUACUCAUACAUAUAAAAAUAAAUACAUCUAUAAAACACAAUAAAAUGUUCAUAAAAUAAAUUUUUUGCUUUAUGCCUUUACGAGUAGGGAAUUAAAUCUUAAUCAUUUUGAUUUCCUUAUCUACAAAGUUGUGACAUCUUGGAUUUUUAGGUAGAACACAGGAUUAUGAAAAGGCCUUGCAUAAGAGCUUGCUGUAGAAAGCUGUAUGUCCCAGCAGUGACUACAAGAUUCUUUGAGGUAUCUUUAGCAUGGUAUUAUUUCUCAAAUACUUAUUUAUUAAUGAAGUCUUGAUCUGUAACUUUAGCUGGCUUGGAACUAGCUAUUUAGAACAGGCUGUUUUCAAACUCAUGUAGUUCCCCUGUCUCAGCCUUGGCCUCUGGAGUGAUGAAAUUACAAGCAUGUGCUAUUAUUACUCCUGGCAUUUUGAGAUGUCGUGAGCAUCUACAUCUAUUUGAUGCUCAGUACUAAACUGCACUCCCACCUUCUUCAGGUUUCCUGUGUUUGUUCUCUCUCUCUCUCUCUCUCUCUCUCUCUCUCUCUCUCUCUCUCUCUCUUCUGAAAAGGUUUCAUGUAGCAGAGGCUGGUUUGCAAUCUGAUACCUAUUUUCCUUGUCAAGUUGCCCUACUGCCAGUACCGCAGGACUCUUCCAUCACCCUUGAAAUCUCAUCAUAUUUAAUAUAUUCUUGUUGAUCUUGUUCAUUUAUUUUGUAUUUUCUCCUCUGUAACAUACAAUGUCUUAUUUAUUGCUCCGUUGAUAUCUCUGGAAGCAAUAAAUUUUGCAACAUUCGUGUGCAAAAUGUGGAGUAUAAUCAUUUUUGACAGUUUUUAUUUUAAAGUGUACAAAAGCCCAUAUAGUGGAUGUCCUGUGAAGUGUUUCAUGGCUUCUCUUUGCGAUUUCCUCACACAGAAUUUCAACCUUUUUUUUUACUCAAUUAAAAAUUUCUUGGCGGAGGUUGGGGGUUGGACAGAUGGCUCAGUAGAUCCAUUUCCUGCUCUUCCAGUAGGUCCUAGUUUUGGUUCCCAGCACCAGCAUCAGGAGUCUGAUAACUACCUGUAACUUUUCAGUCUCCCGCAAACUCGCUCUCUCCAUACUCAUAGUUAAAACUUUUUUUUUUCCUAGCAGGGUAUGGUAGCCUAUACAUACCUGUAAUCUCAACAUUGAGCCCGUGCAGGCAGGAGGAUCAAGAGUUGAAGGGCAGCCUUAGCUAUAAGAGGCCCUGUCUCAAAAACCCUAAAACAAACAGGUUCUAUGCUCUGGGGAUGCACUGGUGCUAAGGCACUACUCUCAUACUAUUUUAUCUUAUUGUAAUUUUGAGGUAAGUCUUGUCAGAUAGUCCAGGGCUCGGAACUUGUGACCUCUUUAUUUCGGUUUCUCCAGUGCUGGGAUUGCAGGCACGCACCACCAUGCUCUGCAUUCUUGCACACUUUGACUCUUCUCGAAAACUCCUUAAUAGUUCAUAAAAGAUUCAGUUAAGUAGGUUGGGGAUGGACGUUCCAUGGCAGUGUGCAUGCCGAGAAUGCAGGGUUUGUGAGGGAUCCUGGGUUCAAACCCUAGCACCACUGGCGAGAAAUUAAAAGUUUGAGCCGGGCAGGCAGGGGUGGCGCACGCUUUUAAUCCCAGCACUUGGGAGGCAGAGGUAGGCAGAUUUCUGAGUUCGAGGCCAGCCUGGUCGACAGAGUGAGUUCCAGGACAGCCAGGGCUACACAGAGAAACCCUGUCUCGAAACGGCCCCCCCCCCAAAAAAAAAAAAAAAAAAGUUUGACCUGGAGGAUUCAGCUGCUUCCGCUCUCUCUUUUCAACAACUCCCAAGGUCUUACAAAGGAAAGAAUAUCUGUCUUCGAAUCAAAAAAAAAAAAAAAAAAAAAAAUCUCUGGUUUACAGGUAACCGAAGCUACAGAGCGUUGCAGUUGCUAUGGCUCCCGGCGCCCGGAGUCUGACGUCAUCGUCGGCGCCGAAUGAUUACGCAUUGCUUCCGGCGCCUUUCGCGAGCCGGGACGCGGGGAGGAGAAACUUAGCUUUUAGUGUGGCAGGGUCAUGAAGAGGAGGCGGUGGCGGGAGAGCGGAGGAGGCGGAGGGGGCGCAAAACUGCGGUAGCCAGCGCUGGACUGGUGGUUGUGGACGUGUGGGAGGGUGAGAGUGUCAGCCUGCGGGCAGCGGCCGGGGCUCUGGGCUGAGCGCGGCCGCGGAGCCGCCGCUCUCGGCCCCCUGGCUCCGCCAUGUUCCGCAGGGCACGCCUUAGCGUGAAGCCAAAUGUCAGGCCUGGUGUAGGGACCAGGGGCUCCGCCGCUCCCAAUCCCCAGCGUGGACCAGAGGCUCCCAGGCCUCCGGAGCCUGCCACCGAGUCAGCUCCGAAGCCAGCGGAGCCCACAGAUGUGCCUGCAGUGGAUUCCGGGGGAGCAGAACCCCAGGAACAGGCUCCCGGGAGCAGUGAUGAAAAGACUGGUGACAAAAAUAAUGCUGCAGAGUCCAGCACAUUGUCCUCUGCUUCUUCACAGAGAAGAAAGCGAGUGUCAAGCACAUCCAGUCUUGUUCAGCCUUCUGGCAGUGCCCCCUCACAGAGUCGCCCCUUAUCUACAGUUGAUCACGAUGCACCACAGCCAAACCCUACUCCAGCUAAAGAGAAGCAGCCGUGUUCAGACAGAUACCGAAUCUAUAAGGCCCGAAAACUGAGGGAGAUGUUGAAAGAGGAACUGAGAAAGGAGAAGAAACAAUGGAAAAACAAAUUUUCUACAAAUGAAAGCCAGAGGCCACCAGAUCGUUCAAAAAUGACUAUGAGAGACUUCAUAUAUUACCUUCCAGAUAACAAUCCAAUGACUUCUUCAGUGGAACAAGAAAAGAAACCUGAGAAAUCCUUGGCUCCCACCCCAACGAGAGAUAGGCAAGAAAAUCAGAGCACUCAAGAUGCUAAUGAUAAUGAAGACGUGGAAGAGGAGGUGGAUGAUGGGCCACUUCUGGUUCCUCGAGUAAAAGUGGCAGAAGAUGGUUCUAUUAUUUUAGAUGAAGAAAGUUUAACUGUAGAAGUUUUGAGAACAAAAGGCCCCUGCGUCGUUGAAGAGAAUGAUCCUAUAUUUGAGCGCGGCUCCACUACUACUUACUCCAGCUUCAGGAAGAACUACUACUCAAAGCCAUGGUCCAAUAAAGAAACCGAUAUGUUUUUUUUAGCCAUCAGCAUGGUAGGAACUGACUUUUCUAUGAUUGGACAACUUUUUCCUCACAGAGCAAGGAUAGAAAUUAAGAAUAAAUUUAAACGUGAAGAAAAAACAAAUGGAUGGAGAAUAGACAAAGCAUUCCAAAGUUCUUGCUGAAGAAGAAAAAAGAAAACAAAAAUCUACUAAAUGUCAGAGUUUAAAGGAAAAGGCCUCCAAACCACGGAAAAACUUAAAAGCAAAAACAGUAACCAGUGAAGAAGUUAAUGACGAUCCAGAUGAGUCUGUAAAUAGUAACAUUUCAGAUCCAGAAAGAUCUCAAAAUGAUGCUGAGACAGUCAAUGAAGAGGAAUCACCGAGUUCAUCAGGACAGCACUUAGAACAAGCUAUGUUAGAGCAAGACCAAAAUCAAGAGAAAAAGAGGAGGAGGAACCAAGGUGAAGCUAAUAAACAGGAAGCAACAAAUCUUUUAGAGAGGGUUCUUGUUCAUUCGAGCCCUCCUGCAGCAGAAAUACACAAGAAUACAUGUCCUUCUGAGGAAAAUGAAAGUGAAUGCAAUAAAGAACAGAUACCAUCCUUGACACAGAACAUAGAUGACAUUGCAGGUUUAGCACCCAGUGAAGAGACCGAGAUGAGAAUGGACCCCAUCCCUUCCACAUGUAAUCAACAAGACAUCAUGCCACUAGCAAGGGAGUCCUCAGAGUCGUGUGCUGUGGCUUUACCUGUGUGGGAACCCGGUAAUACUGCCUCUGCUGACAUGGCUCAUGCUGAGAGCUCCUGCUCAGAAGGAAGAGGUGCUGACCUGAAGACUGCGGCACCAGAGACUGAACAGACAGAAAAUGUCAAACCAAAAUCAAGAAGUCGACUACAGAGACCUAAGCCUAAUCUGGCAAGGGCAGUUGGGAAGAAAUCAGCUGUUUCACAAGACAGACAAGAUGAAAGGAACAAGAACUCACCUUCAGAAACUGCAGCUGAGAAGAAUCACAUGGAAAAAGAGACCAUGAAUGAAUCUGAAACAUCUGUAGCAAAGAAUACAGACGGAGAGAGCCCAGGUGCCAAAACUGUGUCUGAUUUGAGUGAGAAAUCCUGUGUACAGCAGGAUAGUCAGGCAAAGGUUUUAAGACCUACCAGACUAAUGAGGAGUCGAAUGCAAAGACCAAAGCCAAAUGUAGUGAAAGCUGCAGAAAGGAAAGAAAUUCUCACCUCACAGGAAAAAUUUGGGGCCCAUGUAGAGAAAAGUGAAGAUGAAUCCUGUGUUGUGAUUCCUCCACAAACGGAAAAUGAGUCACAUAAAAACUUGCAAUGUGAAGAUACUGUGUCAGAGCCUGGAAGAAAGGACCCUUUUGAGAAUAUUCAGCCUGAUCAGCCCCAGGUUCUUAGUGACUGCCCAAGUAUUCAUGAAGGUAAUAAAGAAAACAAACGGAAACAAGUCCCAGUUCUAAGGACUAGAUUCCAGAAACCAAAACCAAAUACAGGAAGAAGAAGAAGAAGAAUAUCCUCCAAGGAAGGGAUACCAGAGGAGACACCUAUUUCUGGAGAAAUACCAGCAACUUGGGAAGAAAUUCCGAGUCUGGACACUUCUCUGAGGGAGGAGGUACUGAGUGUACCUCUUGCCCCUCUUACUGCUACCGCUUCCACCAAGGACUCAGAGUCAGAUGUGAAAGACAGUGGCAGAAAUGAUACAGCUUCUAAUGCGGAGAUGUCAGAAAUGACAGAUGUCACUAUGGAAAUGGAGACAGGUUUGGAAACAAUUGGAAGAGAUACUUGCCCAGGGGAGAUGGGAGCAGAAAUGAUUGACAUCCCUAUGGAAACAGAGGCAGGUUUGAAAGCAUCUUUAAAUGAGACUUCUUGUAUGGAGAAGGUACCAGAGCUUAUUGAUACCACUGGGGAAAUUUGCACAAAUUUGGGAGAAACUGGAAGAAAAGAAGUAUUUUUACAGGAAAAUGGCCCGAAGGAGGUCGGUCCAGUUAGUGAACCAGAGACAGGUUUGCAAGAAACUGGAAAAGAUUUGGCCAUGAAAGAGAGCACACCAGACACGACAGAUAGCACUGAAGAAAGGGAGGCAUAUUCAGAAGAAACUGAAAGACAAGAAAAAAUAUCUGCACUGAUAAAGGAUGCAGAGGAGGCCAAAGCCAGGGGUGAAAUGGAAACCCCCCUGGAAGAGAUUGGAGGAGGAACUUCCCAGAGAGGAAAGGCAGCAGGCGCUCCUGUGGAGCAGUCUGCCAGCGAGGAGGAGCCACAGGGCAGCGCAUGCAGAGAGGAGGUGGCAGUGGAGUCGAGCACUGCAGAAGGAAAGGAGCUGAACCUGAGGGAAACUGGAGAAGAUGACGUCUCCUCGAUGGUUGUGGUCUUAGGAGAAAAGACUGACAUUGAGGAAACGAAUGGAGAUCCGAAAGAAACAGAAAGAGAGAGUUCUGUCUCUUGGGAGAGAGGGUCUGGAGAGAUCCAGGUCGGGGAGGAAAUGGUGGAAGACUUAGGAAAACCAGAAAAAAUAGAUGUUGCUCCAAGAGAACGUGAACCAGAGGAACAUUCCUCAGGGCAGCCUGAGGCAGAUGUAAUUCUGAGCAGUAGUGACGGCAGCACUGGCUCUCCACAGGAUAAAGUGAAUAUUAGCAGUAAAAUAUCAGUGAUGCCUACACUUGUGGAAGAAAAAGAAACUACUGACAAGGACAUAUCCAGCCACUUAGGUCAUGUGGAGUCUUGCUCACAGAAUUUGGGACGCCAUGAAACAGACCAAGGGAUGCCGCUUCCAGAUGCUCUAGAGCGGUUUUCAGAUACUAACUUAAGCAAACCUCUUCCUCAAGAACAGCAGCCACUUCAAGUUAAACCAGCUCCCUUUCUGAGAAGUCGAUUCAAAAAACCAAAACCAAACCUGUCAAGAGCAGCUUUAAAGAGAGCAACCAUAGAAGCAGAGCACUGUGUGCCUGGGAAGAAAUCCGAAGCCUGCAAAGUGGAGGCCGCCAUGCUACAGCAGGACAGUGACCAAGCUGCUCUCUCUCCUCAACAUAAUGUACCUUCCCUGAUGGCAUCAAGAGAAAAUGAUAAAUCCGGUCAUGAGGAGGAGGAGGAGGCUGCGAUACUACCAUGUACACAGACUGAAAAGGAUGCUUCACCGCCAAAUUCAAGUGAACCUAAAGAGGGUUCUCAGUUAACCCCAAACCAGGAAAAUGGCUUACUUGUUCCUAUUGGGACUCCCAUGAUGAAUACGGUCACACAAGAAACAAGGCAAAAUGUUGUCCAGACAACUCUCCCAGUGAGGGGUCGACUUCAGAGACCAAGACCAAAUGUGCAAAAGGCCAGACAGAGGCAAAUAGUAGAAAAAGGCGAAGCGCGAGACAUAGCUAAGAAUGAAGGACCAGAACUGCAAAAAGACGAGACUAGAACAUGCCUGACUGUGGCAAACUCUUCUCACAUUGAAAGUGGAGUUGCAGUUGACAUGUCCUCCAGAGUGUCAGAGUGCCAAGUGAGUGAAAGUCAAGGCCACGCAGAUCCUGUAGAAAACUUAAGUGUUAAUAAAGCCAGUGUUGUUCAUGAACAGAUGAGGCAUGAAAAUAAACCGUAUGUUCCUAGUCCAGCACUGCUGAUAAGAAGGCGGUUCCAAAAGGCUAAACCAAAUUUAGGAGGAGCACGCCGUAAGGAUGAGCAACCAGGUGUGGAGAAAGGCCGGACAGACGAGAGCACAGCACUAACAGCAGAAGAUCACCUGCUGCAGAAGGAAGACUGUGACACCCAGCUUUCUCUGCAAGCAAGGGAAAAGGCAGAUAUGCCUCUGGAGGUUUCAGUGAGAAAAGAGUGUAUACAUUCUGAAGAGUCGGGUUCUGACAGAAACGAUGCUCAGCCGAACGCUGGACCAUCAGAAGGUUCCAGGGAUGAGACUGCGAAAGAGCAGCCUACAUCUUUGGGGCUUGAAGAGCAGAGUCUUAGUAAACAAAUUAGAUCCAGCUGUCCACAACUAUGGAAAGAAUCAAGCUAUCCCAAGACUGUUUCGAGUCGAAGAACCCCUCUCUCUUCUGCCUCUGAGUGUGAAAUAGAGCACAGUUGGAAAAGAACACAGAGGAAGACGAAACCAAAUCUGACCAAAGGGCGUGGAUCAAAACGAAUUCGAGGUAAGACUGCUAAGAAGGAACCUAGAGCUUCCAAGUCCGUGUUGGUGACUCUUCGGGCUUCUCAGAAAGAGGAUGAAGAUGAUGCUGAGGAUUUUGAUUCUGACUAUGAGGAAGAAACCUAUCAUCUUGCCCCAGAAGAAUUAAGCAAAGCACCAGUGUUUGUACCUGUUGGUCUCAGAUCCCCUGAACCAGUUUCUGCUCAGAUCGAGGAAACAAUGGAAGAGCUUGAGAUAACCAUGGACGUUGCAGACAUGACUGUUGUUGAACAUCAGCUUUCACAUAUGGACACAACAGCUCAGGCUGUGCAAGCAGAGAAAGCUGUGUAUCCGCCAUCAUUUGAAAUGGACGUAGGUGAACAGACCCAAGAAGAGCCAGGUCCCAGUGAUGGAAGCACGGAAGCCGCCAUAACUUUACUUACAAUGGGAGAUAUAGUAUUGCAGUCAGAGAUCAUUCCUGGACAGGGGGAUGUAGGAGUAUGUGUAUUCCCUGAUGUUCAUUCAGAGGAUAAAAGUCAUGCUCCUUUUAGCCCAGAUAAUGUAAAUCAAAAAGUUGUCCAUGACUAUCCGGAGGUUUGUUCACCUGUCAUUAGUACAUCGCAUGCAUCAUUUGAAGAAAACAGGAUUGUAUCAAAGGAACAAAGCAAUAGAGACGCUGCUGUGGAGGAAGAAGCAGUGGAGGAGACCUUGCCAACCAGGAAUACAACUUCUACGAUGAGCACACAUUUAAGAAUGGAGAGUAUGGUUGUUACACCUGAACUAAAUUCUGAGAAGACUUUAGAGAUCAGUGAGUCUCAUGGUCAUCAGGAAGUUGCCAGUUUCUGCAUAACUAAAGAGACAGAAGUGGAAAUUCAAAGAGAAACUGAAGGAGAUGAUUCCAAAGCAGUAGAAUUAGAAGAUAAAAGCCAUGCACCAGUCACAGCAGCAGAAACUAAGGAAGAGGAGCAGUCGCAGUGUGUGGGUGAUGUUGAAGGGGCCAGUGUUUCUCAAGAAGCAAUCCUACCUGCGAGAAUUGAAGAUCAUGAGGAGACCUUGCAAGAGGUUCAAGAGUCGGGUACUGCAGUUGCUUCUUCUGAGAUAGGGCAGCAGACACUCGAUUCGGGUCAGAGUUUUGGUGAGAGUGCUGCUAAAGAAGCCCUCAAAGAAACCCCUAAAGGCAGCGACGUGCCCGUGCUUCAUGGGCCAGAGAGUGUACCAUCUCAUAUUCCAGAAGCCCAACAAGAAAACACCGGUCCUCAAGCUGUUACAGUGAAUCCAUUUGCUGAUGGACAGCAAGAUGGAGAAGAUGAACAAGCCUUCAUUUUAACUCUGGUGGAAAUCCCAACCCAUGCAACAGAAGGAUUCACUGACGCUGCCAUGCAGUUAAUGCCGAGCUCUCUGCUGCCAGCACCUAUAUUGGUCAGGUCUGGGAAUGCAGCAGAACGAGGUGACCUGAGUGGGAGUUUACAAACCUCUUUGGUUGUUCAAGAUGCUCCAUCCUUAUCUCCUUCUAGAAGUGGCAGUUCUGAAAAGCCUCCUGCUAAUUUGGAUCUUACAUCUAGGAAGAGAUUUUGUUGCAGUCCUGAUGAAAGUAUUCAUGUUCCUCCUGCCAAAAAGUCCUCACUUGUUCCAGGAAUUGAUUAUCAAGAAUGUACCUCUGAGGUAUGUUCAGAGGAAUUAAAUGUUUUUGAGAAAACAGCAGAGUCUUGCAUGGGACAAGGCAUUUUCCCUACCUCAGAGAGCACACAUGCAACCUCAAAACCUCAGAAGGAACACAGUGAGCCAACUGAUACAGGAUCAUCUGGAUCUCUUGAUGAAAUCAAAGAUGCGUGUGUAGAAAACAUGGCUCAAUUGCCUCAGAGUGAGAUAGUAUCUGAUAAAGAAGAGAAAACUGAACCUGCUUCCAAUUCUGAACAGAGAGACAUCGUGACAUCCUCUUCAAAACCCCCUCUGACCAGACCUGGCAGAAGGCCUUUGGGAUUUUUAUCAUUACUGUGUCCAAAAAAUAGUUUGGAAUCUGAUGAAGUGACUCAAACCCAUAGUAAGAAGCGCCUAAAACCUCAGAUACCUGUAUCACGGCGAAAUUUGAGAAAACCUAAUCUGCAUAAUACAAGCCAGAAAAAAAAUCAAGACUCUUCAGCCCCACCCCCAUCACCCAGCGUUACUGCGCCUCUGUCUGGCACUGCUGGGAGUCCUGAGAGUUCAGCAGCUCAGGUUUCUUCUGAUCAGCCCUUGCUAAAAGAAGAGUGUAAAAAUGGGCCCAAAGGAGCACCUGAGGAAGAGGUGACCCCAGUCUCAGAGUUUGUCUUCAGUGACAUCUUCAUUGAAGUGGAUGAGACACUAUAAAGCUCUCUCCUGGGGCCCCUUCUUUUUACUUUCUACUUUUGUAAUGAGUUUGAGAUUUCCAGCGACCCUGACUUUCACCAAGCAGAAAAGCACCACUGUCUGUUUUGAUUUAGGUCAAUUUUGAAUAUUUAUUGAGCUUCAUUUGAAGCUUUUAUAAUCAGUGGGAAACAUUUCUUUCUGAUUGACCCUGCAUUUGGAAAUAUCAAGCAAUUAAGACUGGUCUCACUGACAGGCAUUGUAGCUUGUUUACAUUUGAUGUCCUCUGUGCUGAGCGCACCUGGACUUGAGAACUGUGUGCACGCACAUCUGUAUAAAUCGUAGUGCUGGCACACUGGGAGCUUGAUUGUGCUUAACAUUUGCUGCCCUUCUUUUCUAAAGGUGGCUGUGUUUUGUUUCUGUAUUUUGUUUUGUUUUUUAUUUUGUUUUUUUCUUUCUUUCAUUUUUCUUUUUCUUGAGGGUGAUCAGUUGCCUGUAACAAUAUGAAAGCAAAGUGUGAAACUCCACUUUGGUAUGGUAAAGUUAAAACUUUUCUAUCAUCAUCUAUUUGACUGAAAAAAAAAAUGUAUAUUUUUCUAAUUCAUGGUGAUGUAACAUUAGUCCUGAUUGAAGAUCUAGUAUUUAAACUUGCUAUUUAUAAAGUCGGCACAUCAAAGAGAUUUAUUUUUAAAUUUUUUAUUUAAAAUAUAUCCCAAUUUAAUUAUUUUCACUCAUCAAAUUUGGGUAAAGAAAGCAUUAACAAAUAAUUUGUCUCCUUUUCCUCUUUACUUUAAAAGCUAUUUUAAAAUGUCAUAAUUAAAAAUGUUUAGUGUUCAUAUUUUGAAUACUUUUCUCACACUUUAAUAUACUGAAUUUGUACUGUGAAUAUUUUUUGCUUUUCUUAUUCUAAUCUCAGGAUUUUCAUUGGAAGAAAAAAAUUAACAUAAAGGACAAAUUGUCUUGUAUAAUUGAUCUUUUUUACACACACACACACCCUUAAAAAAAGGUUUAGUGAUAGCUAUUUUCCCUACUAAAUUCUGUUCACAGGACAUGUGGGCUUUCAGCCACAGAACAUGAAUCUGAUGUUAAAGCAGAAAAUAAGGCAGCCAGUGAGGUCCUCAUUAUGAACUUGGGUGUUUUUAAUUUUGAGUCUUUAUGAUUUAUGUGUCUUGUUUUCCCUAACAGUUUUUCCCCUGGUUCAAAUUAAAUGCUUCCAAGAGCAAAUGUAUUCAACUUUAUUAUAAAACCUUAUAGAUUGAUACAUAGAAGUUUUUCCAUAAAAGAUUCUUUUUGAACUGUGUAGCCCAAGUGGUCCUGGUAGCAGCUGCUUAGGCAGGAUGUGCCUAAGAUUCAAAAACUGUUCAGUGUAUUAGGAAAUGAGCAAUACUUCAGUUGGAAAAUAUUUUUACAUCUAGGUAAUUUUUGUUUUUCAUAUUGAUAAAAUGGUGACCACUUUUCAAGUUUCUAAGCAAACAAGGGUCGAACUCAAUGAGUCUAGAGUGCUGAUUCAUUGAACUUACUGUGAGCCUGUUUCCUGUUCUGUGGCUUAGAGUCAAAUGUAUAGUUUAAUGUCUGCUAUAAAGGGAGAUCUAUAAGUUAGAUGGAAAUUCUCAAAAGUAUGCAUCUAUUUCAUGUGACUAAUGUCACAAAAUCAUGGAGGUAAUUCACAUUGCUAUAUAAAUGCCUUUUUGUUAGUUUUUAAAAUGUCAUGUUCUGUAAAGUUUGUUUGUUUGUUUUUGUAAAUGUUACUUGGGUUAGAUCACCGAGACUAAACUAUUAUUUAUCCCUGUAUAAUAUUUAUUUUUUUAACCUCUGUCUCAUUUAUCUGUAAUAAACUGAUUUUAUGGAAGAUGUAAUUUAUUGUAUAAAGACUACAGGGGCAUUUGUUGUAUAGAGAAUCAUGUCGGUCAACAAAUUGUCCUGCUGCCACUGGACAAACCGGUGCUAGGAAGAGAAAUACAAUCAGUGUGCUUAGCUUUAAGGUGGGAAGAUUUGUGAUGGUGGAAAGAUGUUGCAAGGAAUUUGUUAUAGAAAUCUUCAAGGAGAUGUAUGAAAGGGCUUUACCUUCUCUUGACUGUUUUCCUCUGAUCAAUUACAUCUUAGCAGGUGGCCCAGGCAAGACAUAGAUGCAAAUAUUAAUACCCAGUGUUUACCACCAUUAUUCAAAUGCAAGUGACCAUGUUUAAUAUCUUGCUUGAAGUUUUUGACAAAGAAGCAAUAUCUUGUCAUUUGUAAAUUUUCUUGUUCUAAAGAAAGCAGUAAUGUUCUGUAGAUAAAAAUUAUGUAAAUAAAAGUUAUUUUAUACCAUU